GCAAUGCAUCCGGAAGAUUCACGAGAUAAUCACACAAACAGAAGGAGUCCUCAACGUGGCCAUCAACAGGAACUGGGAUAUGGCCACGGUGAAGGGGGUGGUCAUGGACGCCAAGGCACUGGCCGAGAACUUGAGGGACAAGAUGAAGAGGGAGGUCAAAAUCGUCCUGCCGAAAAAAGAGGAAGAGGGCGGAGAGGCCAAGGACAAAGAAGGCAGCGGCUGCCACAAGGCGGCAGAGAUUAUCGGCGGAUGGGGGAAAGUGGAAGGCCAGAGGAUGGAGUUUCAGGGGGCAUGCGGCUAUGGUCAGUGUGUGAAUGGGGAGCGAACGCAACCCUAUGAACCCUAUGAACCCGUCUUACCUACACCUUAUGGCAGGUCCUAUCCACCUACCCCGCCCCCGCAUACAUAUUUCGGAUAUGCAGAUUAUUCCAUGCCCUUGAAUGAGAACCCAAAUGCUUGCUCAGUCAUGUGAGGUGAGCAAAAGAAUGAGUGUAAGUAAGAAGAGAGGAUACGGUAAAGAAUGAAACAUUGAUGAAUUUAGGGGUCUGUUGGGAAGGGGAAGUCGCGCCGUAUCUACUGUCUCCUUGGUCAUAUAUUACGAAAUUGUUGCCACUUUCUUCUCCUUCUCUGUUUCGUUUGUUCCUUUUCUUUUUGCCCCUUUCUUGUCUUUGCUUGAGAAAUUGCUUUGGUAGGUAAACUUCUCAAAGCCCUCUGUUAGUCCUGAAUUUGGUUUUGAGUUCUUGAACCCCCUGAUCCACAUGAACGACCCUUCAAUUCCCCCAAUUCAUUAGUUUUUAUUUUCAAGUGAUCCAUCUUCAUUCUCAUCACCCUCUUUUUGAUGUCUGAGAUCCAUGUCUCCAAUUCCCUGUGAAAUCCUUCUCUGUGCGUACCCAAUUUCCUCUUGAUUCAAGCGCACCCACCUUUUUUAAUCCUUCUCAGUCGUCUUCCUCUACGGGCUCAACCAUGUCUCGUCAUUUAACCCUCAAUUCCUGCUAAUGUAUGUGAUAGCUACCCCAUCCGAAUAAAUCUGAAGCUAAGUACCAUAUGGGGUGUUGAUCUAAUUUCAUAUUCUCCCCAAUUAAUUGCUCUGAAAAGGAGAGAAUUCUCUGCACAAAGCACAAGAAUUUCACAGAACUGCGUAGUUUGUAUCUGCAUAAAUGGCAUCUCCUAGCGGGACAUCUUCAGGGGUCAUCCCUGGUUCAGAACUUGGCCUCCGGGGAGGACUCGCAGAUCGUGAGGGACCAGAGGAAGGGAAAGAGGAUGAUCUAGAACCACGAGUCCGGAUGAGGAAGCAGGAGCACCUGGACAAUCUGCCGGAUCAGGUCGCCCAGCUGAACAAGGAGAAAACACCGGAUCAGGACCAACGUCAACAUCACCGCACAGGCACAGCAUUACUUGAGCA